AUGGCUGCUCCAAGCACUCUGCCAGCUCUGCUGGACUCUCUGACACAGUCAUUGACAACUUCACUCGACGCAGCACCAAAGGCUUCGAUUACACCUCCGCAAAACGGCAUCUCGCUGCUUGAUGUCAAGAACGAGUUGCUCUUGUCCUAUCUGCAAAACCUUGUCUUCCUUAUUUUGCUCAAGCUGCGCAACGCAAAAAAGCAAUCCAGUGGAGAUGACAACUCAACAAAAACUACGGACGCGGUCGUCAGAAAGCUGGUCGAACUAAGACUCUACUUGGAGAAGGGUGUUCGUCCUGUUGAGGAGAAGCUGCGCUACCAGAUUGAGAAGAUCCUGCGCGCUGCAGACGAUGCCGAGAGAAGCGCGCAAGCAGCCAAGGCCUCUAAGGGUGUCAACAGCGACGACUCAGACGCCUCAGACUCCGACGAGGAAUCUGAUGGUUCCGACGAAUCUGACGAAGAAGAAGUCAAGGCCACCAACAUGCAGGCCCGACCUGACGCUUUCGUCCGACCCGCUGCUGCCUCUGCUACUGUUGCCGCCGCCCAGAAGGAUGGAGUCUACCGACCGCCGAGAAUUGCCCCUACUGUCAUGCCAUCCGAAAGGCGUGAGAGAUCCGACCGGCGCCCACACAAGUCCGCCGUCAUGGACGAGUUCAUCGAGACCGAAAUGUCCACCGCCCCGUUGGCAGAACCUAGCAUUGGCACAACCAUUGUUUCUGGCGGUCGCAGGAUGAAGACAGCAGCCGAGCGCAAGGACGAGGAUGAGCGUCGGGAGUACGAAGAGACCAACUUCGUCCGUCUCGCCAAGCAGAGCAAGAAGGACAAGGCGAAGGAGGCGGCGAAGACUGGCCGCAGCGGCCGCAUGCAGUUCGGCGGAGAAGAGUGGAGAGAUCUCGGCGAGGGUGUGGAUCGCAUCAACAGACUCACUGCUCGCAAGAGUGGCGGCAGCACUCGCAACCUCCUCGACAAGAGCCGGAAGCGCGGCAGGGAUACCACGGACGGACCACGGGGCAGCGGCCAGGGCGCCGAGAUGGGCGAGCGGUUCCAGAAGCGUGUCAAGGUGUUGGAGGCAGGCAGACGGGACAGAGGCAAGCGAUAG